AUGCGUCAGGAAAAAAGAGGCUUAGACGAUGUCAAAGUGGUCGAGGAGGCUUACGAGUUCUUCAAAAUCUUCAAGAGACUUAUUGUUGAUCUCAUCCUCAGCUUCAAGGAGCGCGAUGAGAGGCGAAACUUUUUCAAUAGCAUAUCUGCAGAAGAUGCUUUCAAAGUAAUAGCCGGAGAGCUCAACUUCUUCUAUGAAGUUCUUUACACGAAAGUAGUGAUUGUUCACUCCAAGUGGGGCAUGUUUUUCCACUUCAUAUCAUUUGGUUUAGUCGUGUUAUCCCUUACUAUCUUCCAUUUCCAGGUAAAAAAGUAUGCUUUUGACAAGUUUGGUGUUAAGCUUACUUAUUCUCUGCUGUUUGGUGCCAUAGGACUCGAUAUAUUAUCAUUCUUCAUGGCCAUUUUCUCAAACUGGACAGUGGUGACUAUCCUGGAGGAAUUCACCAGGCCUAGAGAAAGAUCACCUCAUUGGGCAUUGAAUCUCUUCAGAAUAUCACCUCAAUGGGCAUUGAGUCUCUUCGGAAACUUCAUCAGUCUAAAGAAAUCAAAGAAGGUUGAUCUUGAACCAGACAAACAUACAACUUUGACUGCGCCGCUUCUUUUUCGCAUGUGGUAUGAAUCUAGAGGGGCCUUGCCAAUUACUGAGGAUUUAGCUCUGCCCAUUGAUGAGGGGCAAUUGCCCAUUUCAGUGAAGAGAGGCUUUGGCCUAAGGUUGAGAAAGGACAUAGAAUUCAAAAAGAAGGGAUUCUUGUCCAUUAAUAAGAGGGCUCUAGCCCAUGUAGUUGAAGGCACCCUUUGUGGUAUAGUGUUUUCACACACUUUCGUGGUGUACAACAAAUUAGUAUCAGAGCAUGGGAAUGAUAUUGUGAAGAGAGGCUUCAGCCUAAUGUCAAGAAAGGACAUAGAAUUCAAGAGGAAGGGAUUCUUGUCCAUUGAUGAGAGGGCUUUAGCCCACAUAGUUGAAAUGGAAGAUGGCAUGCCUGUUGAUGUAGCUCGAGUGAAAUAUUUUACACGUUUUCGCGUUGCACAACACAAUUAUUCCUAUUUGGGAAUUGAUAAAAGUUUUCAUCAUUGUGGCAUCACCAACAAUUUCUGUCAGUGCAUAAAGACUAGACCUAAAAGGGUCACUCGGUUUUCGUGCAUUGAUAAAGCCAUCCAGUGCCUGAAUGCUUCCAAGGAUCGACUCAUUGAUCUUGUGGGCCUCAAGGAUUUUCUGUAUGAGAUAACAUAUGUUUCUAGCGAGCCACUGACAAUGGAGCUCGGGGAAUAUAUUUUCGGUGAGCUGCAAAAGCGAUCUCGGUUGAUAGAUGAUGCAGAAACUGUCAGGAAAAUACGUUCGGCUAGAGGUGACUGGGUUCUUCAAAAUAAUGGGUUGGAUAAACAAAGGAGUGACGAGUCAAUAUCUUAUGUUCUUGCUGUCCCUUAUGACGAGAGCAUCCUGAUGUGGCACAUUGCAACUGAGCUCUUGAUCAAUGAUAAAAAGGAGAGAGAAAAUAAGAGUAAUGAAAAAGAAUUCAGUAAAAUUUUAUCAGAUUACAUGCUGUAUCUUUUAAUUAUGCAGUCGACAAUGAUGGCUACUGUGGCAGGAAUUUGUAAGGCAACAGAAGUGAAGGGAGAUGGAAGCAAAUCUGUAUUGUUCACUGCAAGUAUGUUAGCCAAAGAGCUGAAAAAAUUGAAAGAACAGAAAUGGAAGAUACUGAGCAGUGUGUGGGUGGAGAUGAUGUCAUAUGCUGCAAAUCAUUGUACUGCAACUUCCCAUGAUCGAAGGUGGAGAACUUGUUACUGUUGUUUGGCUAUUGAUGGCUCACUUUGGCAUUGGAAAUCAAUUCCAAGGUAA